ACCAAUGAGUGGAAUAAGAAUGAUGAUCGGCUGCUGCAGGCGGUGGAGAAUGGUGAUCCUGAGAAAGUGGCUUCAUUGCUGGGUAAAAAGGGAGCCAGUGCCACCAAACAAGAUAGUGAGGGCAAAACUGCUUUUCACCUGGCAGCCACGAAGGGACAUGCAGAGUGCCUGAGGAUCAUGGUGACACAUGGUGCAGAUGUGACAGCCCAAGAUGGUGCAGGGCACAGCGCUUUACAUCUUGCAGCAAAGAACAGCCACCCUGAUUGCAUUAAGAGGUUACUUCAGAGUAAAUGUCCAACAGACAGCACUGACAAUUCUGGGAAAACAGCUUUACAUUAUGCAGCUGCAUGUGGUUGUCUUCAGGCAGUUCAGCUUCUGUGUGAACACAAGUGUCCAGUUAACUUCAAGGAUUUGGAUGGGAACAUACCUCUGCUGCUUGCAGUACAAAAUGGUCACAUGGAAGUCUGCAAAUACCUUCUAGAUCAUGGAGCAGACAUCAACACCAGGGAUAAAAAUGGAAGAACUGCUUUGAUGAUGGCUUGUGAAGCUGGUAGCCUUAACAUGGUGGAGGCCUUCCUUAGGAAAGGUGCAGAUGUCAGUUUAGUAGAUGUCUUCGGACAAAAUGCCCUGCAUUACUCCAAGCUCUCCGAGAAUACAGGGAUCCAGAACCUCCUAUCAUCAAAGUUAUCUCAGGAUGUGGAUACAAAGUCACCAACAAAAGCAAAGCAGCAUGAUCAAGGCUCUAAAUUAUGUUCAGAAAGAAGUGGAACUCCAAAAAAACGCAAAGCCCCACCUCCUCCUAUCAGUCCUAUUCAGCUUAGUGAUUUGUCCUCUCCACACUCAUCAACUUCAACGCCCAUGACUGGAAAAGGGCAGGCUUUCUUUGCUGACCGAGUGUGCAAGCAUGAAGAAUUCAGCUCCUUGCAUCGAGAUAAUAAAGACAGACUGAGUGACAGCACAACAGGUGCUGACAGUUUAUUGGAUGUGAGUUCUGAAGCUGACCAGCAAGAUCUACUUCUGUUGAUGCAAGCAAAAAUUGCUUCUUUGACAUUGCACAAUAAGGAGCUGCAGGACAAAUUGCAGGAAAGAACACCUAAAGAAGUGGAUUCAACCGUAGAAUCUUAUCAUUCAACCCAAACAGAGUUUGAGCAAACAGCAGAUAGACAAAAUGAGUUCUUGGCUCAGGAGCUGAAAUCUACAUCAAAUGCCACCCAAAUUCAAGAAAAGUUGUCAAGUCCCAGUGAAGUAAAAAUGAAGUACCUCCAGGAAGACUUAAAGGAUGUGCAGAGGAAAUUAGAGAAUUCUGAAGCCAAAAGAAAGCACAUAGAGGCUCAGGUCCAGUCUAGAGUCCCAGAAACAGAUCAUUUAAAUGACACAGAUAUUUCAGAAAAUGAUUCUGAUCUUAACCUGAAGUUCCAAGAAACUCAAAACAGGUGUGAGGAAGCUGUGAAAGAGGUUUUGAAUGUACAAAGGCAAAUGAAGCUGGGUCUUGUUUCCUCUGAAAGUGAAGAAACCAGUUCUGAUCUGAGUAGGUUGAAGGUUACAUGUGGAGAAGUUGAAAUGCUUAAGCAAGAAUUGAAGAGAGCAUUGGAGGAAAGUGAAAGACAAAAAGAGAAAGUGAGAGAGAUACAGAAAAAGUUUGAAGAAAGAGAGCAGAAUGUGGCAAGCAAAUUGUCUGUGGAAGAGUGUGAGGAAAUGAAGAAUUCAUAUUGUUCAGUGAUUGAUAACAUUAAUCAAGAGAAAGCAUUGUUGAUUGAGAGGUACAAAGAAGGGCAAGAGGAAAUUAAAAGGCUACAGGACAAGCUGACAAAUCAGACACAGCUAGAAUCUAGUGCUGAAGCUGGAGAAAUGAAAGAUGCUAUGCACAGAAUGAUAGAUGAGCUCAACAGACAACUUAGUGAAUUGUCUCAGUUGUACAAAGAAGCACAGACAGAGCUUGAAGACUAUAGGAAGAGAAAAACUCUAGAUGAUAUAGCUUUGGAGUACAUUCCUAGAGAUGAACAUGAGAAACUGAUGCAGGUAACAAGUUCUUUGAAAUACAAAGCAGAGAAUGAGUUAUCAGAAAUGAAAUCCCAGUACACAAAAGUAUUAGGUGAAGCAGAAGAACUAAAGCAACUGUUAGACACUCAGAAACAAAACUCUUUGCCAAUUACUGAACACCAUCAGGUGAUGAAUGCACUCAGAAAUACUGUAAAGGAAAUGGAGGAAGAAAUAAAUGACCUCAAAGGACUGCUUACCAACAAGGAAAGCGAAGUAAGAAACCUACAGAAGGAAUUACUGGAAGAAAAAGCUGCAAUUAAUGAAGCAAUGGUACCCAAGGCUGCAUAUGAAAAGCUCCAGUCAUCACUAGAGGGUGAAGUUAGUGUUUUGUCAUCCAAACUGAAGGAUGUAAUCCAAGAGAAGGAAAAUGUGUCCUUAGAUGCUAUGCAACUGAGAAAUGAAGUUUUGCACUUGAAAGAAGAGAAAGAAGGUAUGCAUACUCUGCUUGAAGCGAAGGAACGAGAAGUGACUGGUCUUCACCAAAAGUACCAUCAAGCUCAAGAAGAUCUGCUUGAAAUGAAAAGAUAUUCUGAAAGCUCGUCAAAACUAGAAGAGGAUAAAGAUAAAAAGAUCAAUGAAAUGUCCAAGGAAGUUAGCAAAUUAAAAGAAGCAUUGAACAGCCUUUCUCAGCUUUCCUACUCGACCAGUGCCCCCAAAAGACAAAGCCAGCAGCUGGAGGUAUUACAACAACAAGUGAAGCAGUUGCAAAACCAACUGACUGAAACAAAGAAACAACAUCAGGAAAUUGUUUCGGUUUACAGGAUGCAUCUUCUCUAUGCUGUGCAGGGUCAAAUGGAUGAAGAUGUCCAGAAAGUGCUUAAACAAAUUUUAUCGAUGUGUAAAAGCCAAUCACAGAAAAAGUAAACAAAAAAGCCAAGGAAAACUCCCCGUUUUUAUUAAUCCUGUUCUGGGUGUUUAUCUAGAUUUGCCUUAACAUAAGAUUUUAAAUUGGCAAUUUGCUGCUUUUGUGUUAUUGUGCUGUUUGUGAGGUGGAUUUGUUUGUCUGUUUCUACCACUUCCCAUGUGCAUUUGCAUAUGCAGUAACUAAACACAUGCCUGCUUUUCAUAUCCAAAAUGUAAGUAUGUUCUUCAGGCUUUUUACUUAGGCCACUCCAUGUCAUGUUUACCCUGAAAGUACUUUCUAGCUUCCUCCAAUAGAGGGAGGUUAAUCUAGAGGAAAGCACUCAUGAUGCCUGGGUAAAGGUGAAAUUCUCCAUAAGGUCUUCUGUACUGUUUAUAAGCUGCAUCUUAUUACUGGGGAUUAACUUAGUUGCUUGAUGUUGUAGCACUCAGGUUCCUGACAUUUUGCCAUAUGCAGUCUUUGGCAGAGCAGAAGUGAGCCUUGUGGCAGUGAGCAGAAGUAGGUAUUUAUGGUAAGCCAGAACAUCAAACAGCUACACUUCUUAGUGUAAUAUUAUUUAAGAUUAACACACCAUAAGGUAGCUAUCUCAACCCAUCCAAUGCACUGAGUACACAAAAAUCAUACCAUGCUUCAUAGUUUCCUUGAACUGCCUGGUAGUGGAAUGAAACUAUUUCAAAAGGUAAAAUCAUUAGUUUAUUGAAGUU